AUGGCUGGGAACAGGUCUGCCCUGGAGCCCAAUUCCAACCAAAGCUCUGAGGCUGAGACCAUGGAAGCGAGCUCCCAGGUGGUCACGUCUCUCCUGCUAAGCGCCCUCAUCCUGUUCUCCAUCAUUGGGAACGCGUGUGUGGUGGCAGCCAUUGCCUUGGAGCGCUCACUCCAAAACGUAGCCAACUACUUGAUCGGCUCCCUGGCAGUGACAGACCUGAUGGUGUCUGUGCUGGUCCUUCCCAUGGCAGCACUGUAUCAGGUUCUAAACCGAUGGACUCUUGGGCAGAUUCCAUGUGACAUCUUCAUUUCCCUGGAUGUUCUGUGCUGCACCUCCUCCAUCCUCCACCUGUGCGCCAUCGCCCUGGACAGACACUGCGCCAUCACCGAGCCCGUCGACUACCUGAGGAGAAGGACUCCCAGGAGAGCUGCACUCCUCAUCGCAGUUACUUGGCUGGUCGGGUUCUUCAUCUCGGUUCCUCCGAUGCUGAUCAUGCGCUUUCAACCCGGAAGCCUGGCGGAGGACAGAGCCAAUCAUCAGCAGUGCCGGAUCAGACAGGACCCGUGGUACACCAUCAUCUCCACUUUAAGCGCCUUUUACAUCCCGCUGGUGCUGAUGCUGGUGUUGUACGGACGGAUAUUCAGAGCUGUCCGCUUUCGGAUCCGGAACACGGUACCUAAAUCUGACAGCAAGGUGUCCGAUGCCUGUAUGGGACUUUCUACGCGGACGCAGGGAGACGCACAGAAGACAAGGAGCUGGAAGAGGAGCGAGGAGCCGGAACACGUGCCCGUGUUCAAAUCAGCGGUGGAUGGAGCGUCUGUGGAGAUCAUUGAGGUCAACAACGCGUCCAGCGGAAACCCGUCGGUCCACAGCAGCUCGGUGCCGCUGUUCGAGAGCAGACAUGCUCGAGCCGCCGAGAGGAGCAAGAUCGCGCUGUCCCGGGAGCGCAAAGCUGUGAAAACUCUGGGCGUCAUUAUGGGCACCUUCGUCCUCUGUUGGCUGCCCUUCUUUAUCGUCGCUCUGGUGAUGCCCUUCUGCCAGCAGUCGUGCUUCAUGCCCCGCUGGCUGCGGGACGUCAUCAACUGGUUGGGCUAUUCGAACUCGCUCCUCAACCCGAUCAUCUACGCUUAUUUCAACAAAGACUUUCAGUGCGCCAUUAAAAAGAUCCUCAAGUGUCACUACCGCGCGACUUAA